UCCUUCCACACGGUGCGGCCGAGGGAGCGCCUGUGCCCGCCACAGCCCCGCCGCCCGCCCCGCCAUGGACCCCCCGCAAAGUGAGCGAGCUCCGCGCCUUCAUGAAGAUGUGCAAGCAAGACCCGAGCGUGCUGCACGCCGAGGAGAUGCGCUUCCUGCGGGAGUGGGUGGAGAGUAUGGGAGGUAAAAUACCACCUGCUACUCAUAAAACUAAAACAGAAGAAAAUAAGGCGGAAAAAACAGAUAGUAAGAAGGUGGAGGAAGACAUAAAGACAGAUGAACCAUCAAGUGAGGAAAGUGAUCUAGAAAUCGACAAUGAGGGUGUGAUUGAACCAGACACUGACGCUCCUCAAGAAAUGGGAGAUGAAAAUGUAGAGAUAACUGACGAGAUGAUGGAUCAGGCAAAUGAUAAAAAAGUGGCUGCCAUUGAUGCCCUAAAUGAUGGUGAACUACAGAAAGCCAUAGACUUGUUCACAGAUGUCAUCAAGCUGAAUCCCCGUUUGGCUAUUCUGUAUGCCAAGAGAGCCAGUGUCUUCAUCAAAUUACAGAAGCCAAAUGCUGCUAUCUGAGACUGUGACAGAGCUAUUGAAAUAAAUCCUGAUUCAGCUCAGCCUUACAAGUGGCGAGGGAAAGCACACAGACUCCUGGGCCACUGGGAAGAAGCAGCCCAUGAUCUUGUCCUUGCGUGUAAAUUGGACUAUGAUGAAGAUGCCAGUGCAAUGCUGAAAGAAGUUCAACCAAAGGCCCAGAAAACCACAGAACAUCGGAGGAAGUAUGAGCGGAAACGGGAAGAGCGAGAGAUCAAAGAAAGGAUGGAAAGGGUCAAGAAGGCUCGGGAAGAACAUGAGAAAGCCAGAGGGAGGAAGAAGCCAGACGACAAUCAGGAGCUCAGUUUGGCUCUUUUCCAGGUGGCUUUCCUGGGGGGAUGCCUGGAAUGGGGGGCGGCGUGCCUGGGAUGGCAGGAAUGCCUGGGCUCAACGAAAUCCUUAGUGAUCCAGAGGUCCUUGCAGCCAUGCAGGAUCCAGAAGUUAUGGUGGCCUUCCAGGAUGUGGCUCAGAACCCAGCAAAUAUGUCAAAAUAUCAGAGCAACCCAAAGGUUAUGAAUCUCAUCAGUAAAUUGUCAGCCAAAUUUAGAGGUCAAGCAUAAUACCCUUCUGACAAAUAGAGCCCUUGCUGAAGGAAAAGCAACUUGGAUCACCCAAUGGAUGUCACACUAAUACAAACCAGUGUACCUCUGACCUUCUCAUGAAGAAAGCUGGGGUGCUUUGAGGAGAAUCCCUACCCCUCUGUCCUAAACACAACUGUAACAUUUUACAGCAGUUUGCCAUUGCGGUAUUCGUUCAGAUAAUGUUUUCCUACUAGGAAUUACAAAGUUUAAACACUUUAAAUCUUAAAAAUACUUAAAAACAAAUUAAAAGGGUGUAUUAAACCCUACAUUUUUCUUUAAAAAAAAA